GUCCCAAGCAAUCCGCUGAAGAGGCGUAAGUGAAGCUCCUGUAUUGCGAUUUUUGAUGCCGAGAAAACUAAUUAAACUGGGUUUGAUCAGCCGUGCCCCCGAAAUCAACCGCGUUUACAAAGACGAAGGCGAGAGCACAGCAUCCCUAAUCGACGUUGACAGCCCUCACGUGCAGUCGGUAGACUCUGAUUUCCUGCAACAAAAUGUGCAGACCAGCACUCAGGCGGAGCGGAUAGAGCGUGAGGAAGAGGAGGCACGAGAAGCCCGUGAGAAGAAGGCGAAGGCUAAGGCCUCGCGUGGCCAUGGCAAUGAGACCAACCCAGUAUACCUUGGCAAUGCCGCCAUUCUCGCCCUCGUCAGCGCAGGUCUUGGAUUCGGAGCUUACCACAAGCACGCACAAGGCAAGCUUUCGUGGGAGCUUGUUGGGCUGUGGACGGGUGCUGUGGGUGCUUUUGGCGCCGUCGAUUACUUCGUCAGCAAAUGGUUCCUCCAAAACAAGUAUCCUCCUAAGAACUAAGCAGCGAGGGCCGUUAUCCUUUUGUUUUCAUACAUAAUCUAUACCAGAUUUUGCCAGUUGCGUUUGUGGGGUAGUGUUUUGAUCUUGGGGGCAUCUUGAUGUAGCUCUAGGCUUGUAACGAAUACAUUUCCGCUC